CUGAUCUCUCAGCUUUCAUUGCCGUGUGCGUUGAUUUAAUCCUCUCACCUGGCCAUUUUUUUUUCAUUUCCCCCCCUUUGUUGCUUCCCCAUCAUUUGUUGCAUCCCCAUCAUUUGUUGUUCUCCCCCUUUGUUGCUUCUCCCCCUUUGCUCACCUCCCAUUUGGCAGACCAAUUCACAUUUCACCCAGCCGUGUUCCUUUUCCCCCUGUUUGAUCGCCCCCCCUUUUCGUGCUUCACAUUUUUAGAACUUUCGCGUUUGCCGAAGUUUCGCCUUGUUCGCACGCGUUUUCUUUUGCUGCCUCAUCGUUUCCAUUCGCUGCCCCUUUGUUUCCCUUCGUUCCCUUUCGUUUCCUUUCGCUGCCCCUUCACUCCCCCGCGCGAAAUUUAAAAAAAACGAGGAGAGCAAAAUGGCGGAAGAAGAAUACUCAUGGGACAGCUACUUGAACGACCGACUGUUGGCCACGAACCAGGUGUCGGCCGCGGGGUUGGCCUCGGAGGAAGACGGAGUUGUGUACGCCUGCGUGGCGCAAGCGGAUGAAAACGACGCGGAGUUUGACAAGUGGACCCUCUUCUACAAGGAGGACUACGAAAUUGAGGUGGAGGACGAGAAUGGAAACAAAAGCCAAAAAACGAUUAACGAAGGACAGACGCUGCUGACCGUUUUCAAGGAGGGCUACGCCCCAGACGGCGUGUGGCUAGGAGGAACCAAGUACCAGUUUAUAAACAUCGAGAGGGACCUGGAAUUCGAAGGCUACACGUUUGAUGUGGCCACUUGCGCCAAGCUGAAGGGCGGGCUGCACCUGAUCAAGGUCCCGGGGGGCAACAUCCUCGUUGUGCUCUACGACGAGGAGAAGGAGCACGACCGAGGAAACUCCAAAAUCGCCGCCCUGACGUUUUCAAAGGAGCUGGCGGAGAGCGGCGGUCAGUAG